UAUUAUCCGAAAACACGGUGAUCGAGUACGUUGUCGUCAACUCGACCGAAAACUGCGGUUAUCCACUUAAAAUUGUUUGCCAGACAGUGGACUCGAUGACGACUACGAUGAUAGGAUAUGGCGGUAGUUUUGAUAUUUCCGGCCAGUCGCUAUCACUGGUGUUACUACUACUGCUGCUGCCGCCGAGGGGAAGUGGCGGUGGCGGCGUGCUUGGCUUAGAAGAAGAGAGCGGUCAUAUAAUGGAUGAUCUUCCGGAUGAGCAUCGGGACAAGUUGGAGUUGUUGACCACUGUGCUGGCAAUGGACAAGCAAUGGUCGGCCGUCCGGAGUGAAAAAAUCAAAUCGGAGUUGGCUGCCGACGCUGGUCUGGUCAAAGAGUUCUGCCCUACACUUCCCGAUUUCGGAGAUGAACCAAUUGACGCGAUCGAUAUCAGCAAGAAAAUCAUGAUACACUGUCCUUACUCGGGCAUGUACGUGGACUUCGCCGUCAAGUCACUGGCCAUCUCGUCUCAGUGUCUGUUCAGCAGACAUGCUAAACUCCAGCUGGCUGUCAUGAUUUCUAUACCCUUUGAAGCGAUCGGACAGUUCGCCUUUCACCUCAAACGCCUGGUGGACGAUUACCAACUGAUCGUUAACCUGCUGGCCAGCAUCGGCGUGGAACUACAUCCCCUAAUCGCAUUGGUCAGGUAUUUUUCCGAGGUCAGAAGGCAGUGGGUCACUUACACCAAGCGUAACAAGGAUGAGGAAAAGUACAAGAGUCGCAUCAAGAGAGAGGCUGAUGAACUAGAAUUGCUUCUGGAGGAGUCUGAGGAUUAUUGCGCUGUGUCCCCAGACAUUUGGUAUGGUCAGGACAAAAAAGAUACAGUGUUACUUGACAUGAAUGCUAUAGAACUUAUGUUCAAUGUUCCAGAACCGGAUGAUCCAUCGACGUCCACUCUGCCGGAGAACGAAAUUCCAAAGGAACCGACACUGAGAAAAGCCCACAAGUUGCGAUGGACAUUGCUUAAGGAAUUCAAAAAACUGCUUCUCGGGAAAUUGCCACUGACAGUUUGGAAACUAAUAUUCGAAAACAACAUCCUCGUGAGACAGAUCGAGUCGACAAAACCAAAGCCAGGUUUACUUACUAAAGCGGGUCGAUCUAUGAAAAACCUUUUUAGGAAAUGAAAAUAUAAGAAUUAAUAUAGUAGUUACUAUUAAUAUAGUUAGUUAUGACACUAAGUUAUCAUAUUAUUUUUAUUACAUUUAUAAUUAACUAUAUUGUAUACAGUAUUCUAUAUCCAUAACCGUUAAUUGUUGUAACUUGUUAUAGUAACAAUAAUUGUGGGAGUUUAAAAAUAUAAAAAAAAUGGUUUGGCUAUGGAUAAAUAAAACGAUUUUCAUUUUUUUAAAUCAUCAUAAUUAUUGUUAGCAUAACACCAUAAAAUAACCAGCGGAGUUCAAUAAAUCUUAACGAUGUGGUAUUUAUAUGUUUUGUUUUUCUUUUAUAUUUAAGUACAGUAUUAAACAUUUUUAACUAUAUACCUACGUAAUUGUAAGGAUUAUUUAAAAUUGUAACUGUACAAUAGACAUAAAUUAGACAAUUAUUAAAUAAAAUACAUAUAUUAUACAAU